UCCUCCGCAUAAUAGCCCCUAAACCACUAAUCUGCUUUAUGAGUGUAAAGCCUGCCUGGUAUUUUAUUUCCAGCCUGGGUUUAGAUACGUAAUCAAAGGCACACAAAUAAAGAACAAGCUCAAGCACUAUUCCCCUGACAGCAGGACAUUGUCCCUUUAAAUCAGCCAUUGACGGAUGGAGGCAGGCUGCUGCCUGUAAAUGGACUUUUCAGUCACAUGACUCCUGUGCUUCCCCCCAAUGACAUCAUUUCUCCAACAGCUUUACCACCUAGGCGAAUGAUGCUGAGGAUAGCCAAGGGUCUGGGCUAAGUGAUGUGCAUUGCAGGAAGAAAUUUCCAGCGGCUCUAGUGAUUUCCUGCUACCAAUUCGCCAGACAUCGGCCCAAGUGAUAAGAAAAGGUCAGUUGACAUUGACAUGGGAGUCCUUUUUAUGUAUUCAUUGCAGUUUAUGGAAACCAAGUUAUAUUUUCUGCCAUCAUACCCUUUACCAGUUCUGUAAAUGUGAAUUAGCAAAAAAGAAGAGAAGAGGUGAAGAACGUGUUACAACCUACUAACAAAAAAGGCCAUACACUGAGCAAAUUUCUUUCCUGCAAAGCCGUUCCCGCCAGGAGAAGACAGUGAUUGCUACAUUCAGCCUGCCCAUACACGGUUCGAAUCUCGACCGGUUCCUGCGGUAAGGACCUCUACCUUUUGUGCUCUGCCUUCUCUUGUGUGGGAUGUCUUCUACUUUGCCUGGUUAUGCUGACCUCAUGGAAAUGAGCCUUGGUUCUCCAGAAGCCAAUAUGGUUAAUACUGGAGAGAUAAAUGGUUCCAGCAACCUGAUGGACUUCCUUGAUGAGCCAGUUCCAGAUGUUGGGACAUAUGAGGACUUCCAUACUAUUGACUGGUUAAGGGAGAAGUCACGGGACACAGACAGGCAUAGAAAAAUCACACACAAAAGCAAGGAGUCUGUAUGGGAAUUCAUCAAAGGACUUCUAGAUGCUUGGUCAGGAUGGGUUGUCAUGCUCAAAAUUGGACUCUUAGCAGGUACCUUGGCAGGUGUUAUUGACUUAGCUGUGGACUGGAUGACUGAUCUGAAAGAGGGGAUUUGUCUAAAUGACUUUUGGUAUAGCCACGAACAGUGCUGCUGGAAUUCAAACGAUGCCACGUUUGAAGACCGGGAUAAAUGUCCUCAAUGGCAGAAAUGGUCUGAACUACUGAUCAGUCAGGCAGAGGGAGCCAGCGCAUAUAUUUUAAAUUAUUUCCUCUAUAUUUUGUGGGCUCUGCUCUUUGCUUUCUUGGCGGUGGUUUUGGUUCGAGUCUUUGCUCCAUAUGCUUGUGGCUCUGGAAUUCCUGAGAUAAAGACCAUUCUGAGUGGCUUCAUAAUAAGAGGAUACCUAGGAAAGUGGACGCUGUUAAUAAAAACAGUAACAUUAGUUCUCGUUGUGUCCUCUGGCUUAAGUCUUGGAAAGGAAGGACCAUCAGUUCAUGUAGCCUGUUGUUGUGGCAACUUUUUCUGCAGCUUGUACUCCAAGUACAGCAAAAAUGAAGGAAAAAGGAGAGAAGUGCUUUCGGCUGCAGCUGCAGUAGGAGUCUCUGUUGCUUUUGGAGCUCCAAUUGGCGGUGUUCUUUUCAGUUUGGAAGAGGUCAGUUACUAUUUUCCUUUAAAGACACUGUGGCGUUCUUUUUUUGCUGCCCUUGUUGCUGCUUUUACGCUGAGAUCUAUAAACCCAUUUGGCAACAGUCGCUUAGUUCUGUUCUAUGUGGAAUAUCAUACACCAUGGUACAUGAUGGAACUGAUUCCAUUCAUCCUUCUUGGUGUCUUUGGAGGGCUUUGGGGAACACUUUUCAUCCGUUGCAACAUUGCUUGGUGCCGUCGGCGCAAGACCACCAGCCUUGGCAAGUAUCCAGUACUGGAAGUCAUUGUGGUCACUGCAAUCACAGCCAUUAUUGCUUACCCAAAUCCAUACACUCGGAGGAGCACAAGUGAGCUGAUCUCAGAGCUGUUUAAUGACUGCAGAGCUCUGGAGUCUUCUCAACUCUGUGAUUACAUCAAUGAUAUCAACAUGACCAGACCAGUGGAUGACAUUCCAGACAGACCAGCUGGUCCAGGGGUCUACACUGCAAUGUGGCAGUUGGCAUUAGCUCUUGUGUUUAAAAUCAUCAUUACUAUAUUCACAUUUGGUAUGAAGAUUCCGUCUGGCUUGUUCAUUCCAAGCAUAGCAGUUGGAGCCAUAGCCGGCCGUAUAGUUGGAGUUGGGGUGGAGCAACUGGCUUAUCACCAUCAUGAUUGGAUCAUCUUUAGGAAUUGGUGCAGACCAGGAGCAGACUGUGUUACUCCAGGGCUAUAUGCCAUGGUGGGAGCCGCAGCUUGUCUAGGUGGUGUCACCAGGAUGACAGUUUCCUUGGUUGUCAUCAUGUUUGAGUUGACGGGUGGUCUGGAGUACAUUGUACCACUAAUGGCAGCUGCCGUCACCAGUAAAUGGGUAGCAGAUGCAUUUGGAAAAGAAGGAAUUUACGAAGCACACAUCCAUUUGAAUGGAUACCCAUUUCUUGAUGUAAAGGAUGAGUUCACCCACAGGACACUGGCCACGGACGUCAUGCGGCCUCGUCGUGGUGAGACACCACUCUCUGUUCUUACCCAGGACAAUAUGACAGUAGAAGAUGUGGAGACUCUAAUCAAGGACACCGAUUAUAAUGGUUUCCCUGUUGUGGUAUCCAGAGACUCCGAACGUCUUAUUGGUUUUGCUCAAAGAAGAGAACUUAUAAUUGCAAUAAAAAAUGCCAGACAAAGGCAGGAUGGAGUGGUAAGCAACUCAAUAAUCUAUUUCACAGAAGAUCCACCAGAACUUCCAGCUAACAGUCCACACCCACUUAAACUUAGACGUAUACUCAACCUAAGUCCCUUUACUGUCACUGACCACACACCUAUGGAGACAGUGGUAGAUAUCUUUAGAAAACUUGGAUUAAGGCAAUGUCUUGUUACUCGCAGUGGGAGGCUUCUGGGUAUUAUAACGAAAAAGGAUGUUUUGAGGCACAUGGCUCAAAUGGCUAAUCAAGACCCCGAAUCGAUCAUGUUCAAUUAGGCUAUACAGCGCAUCUACAGGAAACUGAGCAGAAUCCCUUGACGAUAAUGAAAGUUGUUCUCUGUGAUUUCGACAAGAGCAGGAGCUGGUACCUCACAGAGGCUUACGUUGAGGAACUGUUGAUUUAACAGAUCUACCUGACAUCAGGUCACAGGAAGAUGUAAAAUGACAAUGGGACUAAAUACUUGAAGACAGAAAUAAGGAGCAAUUGUGUGGAACUGCUUUACAGUAAUGUAUUGUACUUCUGUCCAUCAAUGCACAUCUCACAUUUAUAAAGUAGAGAAUCUGACAAUCGGCAAACAUUUUCUGUGGGUGUAUCUUCCAGGUCCAUGUGCCCUAAAUGAUUGAUUCUCCACCAGAGAAUGUUUGGUGAAAGUUACAUCUACUGCGUUAUAACUAGACGCUCUAGUUCUCUCUAGAUUCCACGUACCGUGCAUGUGUGUGUGUGUGAAUGUCUAUUUCUCACUAAACAUCAAGUAUUUUCUUUUCAACAAAAACUCUGUUACAAAAAGUUAUUAAUAUUUAAGUUACAUUUGAUCUGCAGAAUGGAUGAUAUAUAGCAAUGAGAGAAUUGAUAUACAAAUCAUCUCACUGCAUGAAGAUUUGUCUGGUCUGCAGAACGUCAGAGCAGAUAUUAAAAAGAAACUGCAGUCUGCUUUCUAAUGGUAUAUUGUAAAACAGCCAGUAAGCUUAGAAACAUAUUGAACAACUACUUUUUAAUAUUUUAUUUAUAUCGCACUGACAUAUAGUAUAUUGCUAUAUGUAGAAGUACAAAUGAUUUAUAUCAGUCUCUGCCCCUCUCAGGCCUUGUACAGACAAGCAGACCGUUUUCAUUGGACAUGUCUGCUGGGAGGUUUUGGUCUGAUGUGUGUA